UUCAGUAGAUACGAUAUGAGCCAUGAGGUCAAUCUUGACAUUUUUGGCGCUCUUGGCGCUGUAAAAAAAGAUCACAUUGGCACGAUGAAUAGGUUAAGUUUGGCUCUCCAAAAAUUUGAACAAGCGAUUCAAACGAUUUUCGGUCGCGGCUUUCCUCCAGGAUCGCUAUACGCAAUCAAUUGCAAUGGCUUCCUGAACGAACCGAAACCGACGAGCCGUCUCGGUCUCGAUAGUCUGAAAGAAAUUUUCGACAAUGGCAUUUUAUGGGCGGUUCCGAAGAAACGACGUAGUUUGGAGGAGAGACUCAAGAGAAGAUUCGGGUAUAUGAAAUACUUUUGGAAGCCACCUGUUGCAAAAACUAAUAUAUUAUCAUGUUUCAAUUGUGGUCAUCCCUACGAAGCUGGCCGUCUAUGCGGACACUGCUAUGAAAAAGUAAAGCUCGAGACUAAGGAAAUGCAAGACGCCAUUCAAAAGGAGUUGGGUCUGAGCCCGGUGGAAGAGAACGUAAUUGUUUUAUAUGAUGGAGAAAGGGAAUCGAAAACGGAUGAAUUUUGGAAGAAUCAAAGGAUAGUUGAAAUGCCAAAGAAAAGACCUUCGUGGUUUCAUCAGAACUUACUGCAGCCAACAACGCAGGAACCGUCGAAUAAAAAAGACGUUAAACCUACUAAUCUUGCGUAAAGUGCACUUGGAAUUGGGUUUUAAUUUUUUGUAGUCAAAAUCCGGGAUAUACACCCUCGUCGAAAUGGGGUGAAUAUCCAGGAUUUUUGGAGAAUAAAAAUAUUAGAACGUUUUUUUAAAA